AUGAACCAGCCAGAAACACUAAAACCAAUACAUGCUAGUCAAUCUCAACACCAUGAAACCUUUCAAUCCUAUCAACGAAAGUUUUCAAAGCAGUUGCCUGCCAUUCCCAACCAUGCAUCUGAAAUGACUAUUCACUCUAAUUUCAACACGGAUGACUACAUACCAUCACACCAUGAAAUGACAACCAAAAUCAAUGUACCAAUAUGUGCCAAAAACACCAUUCAAAAAUAUAUAUCACAAAGUGUUUCAGCCGACACAUUGAAGAAUAUUUCACAGCUAUCAGAUAAUAGCGAUGCGCAAUACUAUCCACUACCUUCUGAUUCCAACGCGUCUCAGUUUAAGACAACUCUAUCAAGAUGUCUGUUUUCCAACACGACUGCUCAUCUGUAUCCCAUUCCACUUGAAACAUCAAUAGCCUAUACUAAGACACAUAUGCCUAGUGUUCAAUCACAACUUGACUUUAAAUCUUCUGAUGUUCAUAGUAUAUUGAAUGACGAGACCAGCACACAUAUAUUUCAAGCGCGUCCAAGAACGCCAUCUAAUCCUUCAAUCGUUGAAUCUCAAACUCAUUGUAUGGAUAUAAGCAAUACAUUACCACAGAAAAACAACGAUUGGAUUGACAACUCAUUCAAUGUUCCUACAGGUUGUUUUAGACAAAUCCAUGAGGUUGACUCAUCUAAGCAGUCGAGGCAUGAUCAUCUUAUAUUUUCAGGAACCAUUAUAUCUGUUACUGCGUCACAAGCUACGUCAUCCAUAUCAAGAUGGUUUCAAUCGCCUACUCGUUCAAUACGUUGUGGAAUGUGGACACGCAAAACAGCCAUUCAUUUGGAAAUUCGAACAGAUGUGAUUCGCGAAAUGGUUUUAUCUUUUGAUGGACGAUUGGGUAGUGUUAUCUAUUCAAUGCCAACAUGUGCUGCUGCGUUUGCAUUGUUGCAUACCAAACAAGGAAAAUCAAGAUUUCUUCUCAAAAACACAAAUAGUUCAACUGAUCCGCCUAGAGUAUUUGAAGUACCCAUUGCAUCAACUUUUAGUACAGAUACAAUGUAUACACCUCAUGAUGAAACCAUUGAUCAUGAACGUUUUACAGCCAGUCCUGUAACAAACAGUAUUCAAUCUCAUUUGAAUCUUGCGACCCAUCACAUAGAUUCAAAUGAUAAACAGUCUGUUCAUCUACCUGUCCUUGAACAAGCUACACGUAUUGACCAUCAUACCGAAAGUGUUGAUUUACAGCACAUUGAUCCAUGUACCACUCAAAUCAACCCAGUAUGUACAGAGAAAAAGUCUUCAUCGUUACCUAAUCUGCAAGAUUUAAGAUCUCAGAUUCGAAUGGUAUGCUCUGAAGUACGAUUGGUAGAGAAUCACGCACGAGAAAGUACAGCAAGAUUGGGGAUCCUUCAAACUAGAGCCCAAUUGUUGCAAAAAGAGUUGCAUCAACUAGCCAUAUCUGUAUCAGGAUAUUGA